GAGAGAAGAGGGUACGUGGCUGCAUGCACUGAUACACGUGGCGAGUUUGUAGGGAGUAGCGGUUUGGUUGUUUGGCUGAGGGAUUGACUUUUGGAAGCAAGUGUGUUUUUAGUUUGACUUUUUUGUUUAGGGUUUAUGGGCUGGGGGGUGUUUGGGAAGUUGAAAAUUCAAAAAUGGGGGAACUUGAGGAGAUUUUGUACGAGGAGUUGUGAUUAUAAUGGGUAUGAUGUUUUUGCAAGAAAUAUUGAGAUUACUAGGUGGGUUAAAAGUGGGAAUUUGAUGGUGGCUCGGAAGGUGUUUGAUGAAAUGCCGGAUAGGACGGUGGUGUCUUGGAACAUAAUGGUAUCUGGGUAUUCUAGAUUUGGAAGGUUUGGUGAUGCUCUUAGUAUGGUUUCGGCAAUGCAUGUAGGUGGUGUGAAGCUUAAUGAGACUACGUUUGCUUCCGCGUUGAGUGCUUGUGCUCGAUUGCCAUCGUUGUGUGGUGGUAAGCAGGUUCAUUGUGUUGUGGUGAAGUCAGGGUCGGAAGAUUUUAGGCUUGUUGGAAGUGCAUUGCUUUAUAUCUAUGCGAGUUGUUUUGAGAUUGAAGAUGCGAGGCAGGUUUUUGAUUUGUUCCAUGAGAUGAAUGAGUUGUUGUGGGGUUUGAUGCUUGUUGGUUAUGUUCAGUGUAGCUUGAUGGACAAUGCUCUUGAUGUGUUUUAUAGUAUGCCAAUCCGUGAUGUCAUUGCAUGGACCUCGGUGAUCUCUGGUUAUUGUAAAAUUGAUGAUGGUUGUGGAAAGGCUUUGCAGUUAUUUAAUACGAUGAGAGGAAGCGGUGAGGCUAAACCAAAUGAGUUCACUCUUGAUCCCAUCAUUAGGGCUUGUGCUAGAGUAGGGUUGUUGCAUGAGGGAAGGGCUUUUCAUGGGCUAGUUAUGCGAUAUGGAUAUGAGUUUGAACACUCCAUAAGUGCUGCACUCAUUGGCUUUUAUUGUGAUUGUGAUGUUAUCGAUGAUGCGAAAAAAGUUUUUGACAGACUGACAAGCCCCUCGCUGAAUGAGACAAAUGUCUUCAUUGAAAAGCUUAUAGCUGCUGGCAGGAUUGUGGAAGCGGAAUUGAUUUUUAAUGGACUUCCUGAAAGAAACACAGUUUCAUAUAAUUUGAUGAUUAAAGGGUAUUCAUUGUGUGGUAGAAGUGAGGAUUCUGAAAAGUUGUAUCUGGAGAUGCAUCACAGAACUAUACUUUCUUCAAAUAUUAUGAUUUCAGUGUAUUCUAGAACUGAUCAAUUAGAAAAAGCUGUGGAUCUUUUUGAGAAAACGAAAGAAGAAAAGAACCCUGUAACUUGGAAUUCUAUGAUCUCAGGUUAUAUUCGAAAUGAUCAACAUGAAAAUGCUUUGAAACUGUAUGCAGUAAUGCACAAGAAUUCGAUAAGCAAAACCAGAUCAACCUACUCUGCUCUGUUUCAUUCAUGCUCAUGCCUUGGAUCUAUUCAACUAGGACAACUACUUCAUGCUCAUUUGAUCAAAACACCAUUUGUGUCUAAUGUUUAUGUUGGAACAGCCCUUGUGGAUAUGUACUCUAAAUGCGGGAACAUAAGUAAUGCUCAGAAAUCAUUCAUCAGCAUAUCAUCUCCUAGUGUGGCGGCUUGGACGGCUCUCAUACAUGGCUAUGCACACAAUGGGUUUGGUUCUGAGACAAUUUUAUGCUUUAAAGAAAUGAUAAACCAGGGAGUGCAUCCCAAUGCUGCAACUUUUGUAGCAGUCCUUUCAGCUUGUGCUCAUGCAGGCUUUAUUAACAAGGGAAUCGAAUUCUUUCACAUAAUGAAAGAAAACUAUGGUAUUGCUCCCAGCUUAGAACACUUUACAUGCUUAGUUGAUCUUCUUGGCCGAUCAGGCCGUUUAAGAGAAGCUGAGGAGCUUAUCAAAGAGAUGCCAGUUGAAGCGGAUGGUAUCAUUUGGGGAGCUUUGCUUAAUGCAUGUUGGUUUUGGAUGGAUAUGGAUGUGGGUGAAAGGGUUGCAGCAAAGAUGCUUCUUUUCUUUCCGAUCCCAACAUCUACCUAUAUUAUUAUGUCCAACAUAUAUGCAAUGCUGGGGAAGUGGGAGGAGAAGAUGAAGGUAAGGAAGUUAUUAAGAGGCUUGGAUGUGAAGAAGGAUCCCGGAUGUAGUUGGAUUGAGCUAAACAACAGUAUUAAUGUUUUUUCCGUAGAAGAUAGAACCCAUCCUUCAUGUAACAGCGUAUAUGCAAUGUUAGAGCACUUGACUGAGAAUCUUAUUUCAGUGAGAAAAUAGAAGAUGGUAAGAGGGGGCAGGGGGGGCUAUACAUAAUGCAACGAACUCGGAUGCUCAAUCUUCUUGGUAUUGAUGUAGAAUACUGUAGAGAUUGGCAAAUCCUCUGCGACAAAUGACAAAA